AUGUCUUACGGCAAUGGUGGCUACGGAGGCGGCGGCGGCUAUGGCGGCGGCCGUGAUGGUGGAUAUGGCGGCGGAGAACAAACCUGGGAUCUGUCCACCUUGCCUAAGUUCGAGAAGUCCUUCUACAAAGAAGACCCCGAUGUCACCAAUCGAUCCUCCUACGAUGUCGAUACCUUCCGCAAACAAAAAGAAAUGACCGUUCAAGGUCGUCAAGUACCGCGCCCAGUCGAGACAUUCGAUGAGGCUGGCUUCCCCAGCUAUGUUAUGUCUGAGGUCAAGGGUCAAGGUUUCACAGCGCCCACCGCAAUUCAGUCGCAAGGUUGGCCCAUGGCUCUCUCUGGCCGAGACGUCGUUGGUGUUGCUGAGACUGGCUCCGGCAAGACUUUGACAUACUGUCUGCCCGCAAUUGUUCACAUCAACGCUCAGCCAUUGCUGGCACCCGGAGAUGGCCCGAUUGUGCUUGUCCUAGCCCCGACCAGAGAACUCGCCGUACAGAUUCAACAGGAAGUCGCCAAAUUCGGCAAAUCGUCGCGAAUCCGCAACACUUGUGUCUACGGUGGUGUUCCUAAGGGUGGCCAGAUCCGCGACUUGGCUCGUGGUGUUGAGGUCUGUAUCGCUACUCCUGGUCGUCUCAUCGACAUGCUUGAGGCUGGCAAGACCAACCUGCGCCGUGUCACUUAUCUCGUUCUCGACGAGGCCGACCGCAUGCUUGACAUGGGUUUCGAGCCUCAGAUCCGCAAGAUCAUUGGUCAGAUUCGUCCUGAUCGUCAGACUCUCAUGUGGUCUGCAACGUGGCCCAAAGAAGUCCGCCAGCUUGCUUCCGACUACCUCAACGACUACAUCCAGGUGAACAUCGGCUCCAUGGAUCUCUCAGCCAAUCAUCGCAUCAAACAGAUUGUCGAGGUCGUCUCAGAUUUCGAGAAGCGUGACCGCGCCAUCAAGCAUCUCGAGCAGGUCAUGGAAGACCGCAACAACAAAAUCCUCAUCUUCACAGGCACCAAGCGCGUCGCCGACGAGAUCACCCGUUUCCUUCGACAAGACGGCUGGCCUGCACUUUCUAUUCAUGGCGACAAACAGCAGCAAGAACGUGAUUGGGUUCUGAACGAAUUCAAGACCGGCAAGAGUCCAAUCAUGGUUGCCACUGACGUGGCUUCUCGUGGUAUCGAUGUUCGCGACAUUACUCACGUGUUGAACUAUGACUAUCCGAACAACUCGGAAGACUAUGUUCACCGCAUUGGCCGUACAGGUCGUGCUGGUCGCACCGGCACUGCCAUCACCUUGUUCACUACUGAGAACGCCAAACAAGCUCGUGAGCUCGUUGGCAUCCUCACCGAAUCCAAGCAGCCAAUCGAUCCUCGUCUUGCCGAGAUGGCUCGCUAUAGCGGUGGGGGCGGUGGCGGCGGUCGUUACAGUCGAGGUGGUGGUCGUGGAGGUCGUGGCGGUGGUCGCGGUGGUGGCUUCACUGCAUCCAACGCUGCUCCUCUUGGCCGCGACCGUUGGUAA